UUUAUGUGAUUGAAAUCUGAAAUAUGGCUGCAUCGUACGUCGUGUUUGAUUCGAAAUUGUUGCCGCGAAUGUAAAAAGUCAGCUAAGUCAUGGAAGAAACUAUGGAAUUAGAGGGAAAAACAAACGUAGGAGCGUCAGAUUCUGAAUCUUCAGAUGACGAAGACAAUUUAGUACAAGAGAAAGAAUUGGCUGAGAAGAUUGCAGAAAGUCCAUAUGUAUAUGACAAUCAUGUAAAGCUAAUCGAAUUGAUGAAAGAGACUGGUGAGUUAGAAAAACUGAGAGAUGCAAGGAACGCUAUGGCCAAGAUAUUUCCACUGUCCGAAGAUUUGUGGCUGGAAUGGGUACAAGAUGAGGUCAAGCUAGCUUCUUCAGAAGAUGACAAACAGAUGGUACUUGAGGUGCUGGAUAGAGCUGUAUCUGACUACCUUUCUGUUGAUCUUUGGCUUGAGUACUGCCAGUUUACCAUUGGUGGCAUUGGAACAGAUGUGGGACUUGCUAAAGCACGGGAUACAUAUGAAAGUGCAGUCCGUGUUGCUGGGCUACACGUUACUCGCGGUUCACUAAUAUGGGAUUCUUACCGCGUUUUUGAAAAUGCCAUUCUGCAAAGUUUGCAGCCUCAAAUUGGAGCUGUGCAGACCAGUGACCAGCAGAAGAAACUACAAGAACAAAUAGAGAGGAUUGAGAGAAUAUUCAGACGACAGCUUAGUACGCCUCUUCUGAAUAUGGAAGAGACAUAUCAAGAAUUCCAACAGUUUGUAACAGAUGGUGUUCCAAAAGAUCUGACAGAUAAAUACAACAAAGCUUUAUGCCAACUAAAAGCAUACAAUAAGUAUGAAGUAGCUCUAAGCAAAGCAGAAUCUCCAAGGUUAGCCGAGUAUGAGAACUACAUCAGAGCAAUCAAGUCUAAAGGCGAUGUUGGCAGGCUCCAGUGCCUCUAUGAACGGGCUCUCGUUGAAAACUGGCAGAAUCCAGCGAUGUGGAAGGCUUACACUGAAGCCAUGGAUGAUGAUUAUCGAGCCAAUCAUGAGAAGGUGUUGAAAGAUGAUGAGAAUAAAUUUUAUCGUUACCAUCAAUCUCUUGGCAGCAAGGAAACAAGGCAAGAUAUACAGACUACAGAUGAAGAUAUGAAAGUGGACAGCAGUCUCCAGAAAAGUGAUGAAGGUGGCACUGAAGAAGAAAGAAACCAGAUAGAUGAUCAGUCACUCCUCAUGAUCCAUAAGAGAGCUGUCAGGAAUUGUUCCUGGUCAGCAGCUCUUUGGGUCGGUUACCUACAAACUUUAGAAAGAGUGAAACAAUCGCAUAGUGAAAUACAAGGAGUGUUUGAGGAUGCGAUUUUGGCUGGUUUCAGUAGUUCUGGUGAAUACCUAGAUGUUUGGACAAGUUAUCUUAAUUACCUGAAAAGACGAAUUGAAUGGAAAACAGGUGGAGCUCCUCUGCAAGAGUUUCGAGAUACCGCACAGAGAGCCAUUGACUUCUUGAGUCGUUACUUUGGUGAUCAGGGUGAUGAACUGUGUACAUUGCAGAGGUACUGGGCCAAAGUUGAGACCCAUUACAAUAACAACCUUGAAUGUGGUAGAGAACAGUGGUCGAAGAUUCUAGAAUCCAACAAUGGUUAUAAAGCAGAAUAUUGGCUUGAAUAUUACCAAUUUGAGCUAAAAUAUGGAGAUCUUCAGACAUGCCGUGAAGUGCUACAACAGGCUGUUGAUCUAGAGACCGACUGGCCGCAGAAGAUCUGUGAAACUCUACUCAACUUUGAGCGGGAGUAUGGCUCGCUGAAUUCAUAUGAGGAGGCUGUGUGCAAAGUGCAGGCCAUUCUUGAAGCUGCGGAGAAAUACAGAGCGAAGGCAGCAAAGAAAGCAGAAAAGAAAUUUUCCAAAGGUGGCAACAAAAACUGGCAGAGUAAAAGCAAACCAGAUUAUGAGGGUAGAGUCCAAUCAGAAUGGAAGAAACAAGAAGUCAUUGGGAAGGAGGGACAAGAGGCACAGAAAAGAGGUAAAGGGAAAAAGAACAAGGCAAGAAAGAAAAGGGAACGUCAGAAAAGUAAUGAAAAAACAGAAGAAGGGUCUAUUGAGACAAGUAAAAGAGAAUCGACAAAAAGAAAGGCUGAGACAGAACCAGAGGUAUCAGCUAAGCAGGCUAAACUGGAUGAAGAAGGUUUUAAGGUACCAACCCUCCUCAUGUCUCCGACCCCCAAGUCGCCCACCAAAUCAGCCCAGAAACAAGCACCUGUCAUGCAACCACCACCUAUCACACAACCGCCACCAGAACCAACAUCAUCGAAGGAGGUAAUAAAGGAUAAUACUACAGAGACUUUGCCAAAGGAGGCUGGUCAUAGCUACAAUGACAACCUGACAGUGUUUGUGAAAAAUCUAAGUUAUAACAUAACAGAUGAAAAGAUACGCUCUGUAUUUAAUCAAUGUGGAGAAAUUACUGAUGUGAGGAUGAAGGUUGGAAACAAAAACAAGUUCAGAGGGUUUUGUUAUGUGGAAUUUAAAGACGAGGCAUCGGUAGUGAAGGCUUUACAGCUGGAUCGUCAUGAAAUCGAUGGGCGCCCUUUAUAUGUUGACCCUAGUGUAGACAAAUCAAAAGGUGAUAAACCAAAGGCGAAACAGUUCAAGUGGGACACAGGUCUUGACCAGAAAAAGCUCUUCAUCUCCGGCUUACCAAGAACCACCACUAAAGAAGACCUUCAGGAAAUGUUUGCGAAGUAUGGGACUGUAAAAGACGUGAGGAUUGUUACCUACCGAAGUGGCGUACCAAAAGGACUUGCAUUUGUGGAGUAUGAGAAAGAGAGUGAGGCAUCAAGUGCAGUCUUAGGAGCUGAUGGCACUGUCAUAGGCGAGCACACUAUUGCUGUUGCUAUUAGCAACCCUCCUUCAAGAAAACCACCUUCAGACUCAACUAAAGAGGGUGCUGCACAACCAGUUUCCCUUGGAGCAAAAGGUAUUUCAGGACCAAGAGGCAAGAGUAGAACGCAAAUAUCACUCGUUCCAAGGGCUGUACAGCGCCCUCAACCUACAAAAACUGUGAAACAAACAACUGAAACAUCAGCAGCAGAUGCAACAGAAGAAGCUCUUGAAACAUCAAAGCCUAAAUUGACGAAUGCUGACUUUGCUAAAAUGUUGUUGAAAAAAUAGCGAAGCUUCAUUGAAACAAAAAAAAAAAGACAUUGUCAAAAGUGACACUUCGAGAAAGAUAAAUUUUACUUUUCGAGAAGAUUUUAAAAGAAGAUAAUUUUAAGAGAGAUUCAUUUUUUAAGUGUAAUCAAUUAAAGUGCCACAGUUCUGUCGUAGAGAUUCUGAUAAUUUUCUGAUUACUGCAACCAUUUUAUGAUAAAAUAUUCUUAUUACCUGCUACUAUGUUAUACUGUAAUUAUUAUUGUGAUUAUUAUUAUUUAGUAAUAAAAAUAAUAUUUUUAUUAUUAAUUUUAUUCUUUUAUUUUUUAAGUAAAUACUUUCAAGAGGAUGAUAUUUUUUAUCUUGACUGGUUAUCUCUUAUAAUAUAUUUCAUCUUCUCAGUGGUUACAUUUACCUAUGUUGUUUACAGUAUAUGAGACAGUUUUAAAGAGAAUCUGUUUUGUAAAAAGCAAUAUUCAUUUAACUACUAUUGCAACCUGCAUUUUAAGCCUUUUUUUGUAUGACAUCAGUCGGGGUAAAUAUUCUUUUUAUUAAAUGCCUAAAAAUAUUUUA